AUGCCAGAAGCACAGCAACGGAAACUCGCGUUGCAACCUUUCGAUGAAAAGGAGCUCUACCACGGCCUUGGUUGUGGAUUCAUGGAGUGGGAAAAGGAAUUUGUUCGACAAGUCGAAUUUGCGGAACGUCCAUGUGGCUUUGUGUGGCCGGAGGACAUCAAGGUUGAUGUCCUAGGCCAGCAUCUAGCUGUAAAAGCACAAACCCACUAUCUUCGUCAGGUGGAAACAUGUUGGGAUGAGAUUCAAACCCUCGAGCACGCGAUGCAGAGGCUAUUACAGACCUUCACGACGAAGAUCUCACCGGCACAGAGCAUGAAGCUGUUCACGGCACCCAAGGCAUCUCAUCGAAACUGA